UAGCAAAUUUUGAGCUUGGCAACUAAAUUGAUGAUUUCAUUUUGAGGAAAAAGCUUACUGAAAUUGGUAAUAUAAGUAUUUUGGUGAAUGGAAAUGAGUAGAAUAUCCUCUCAUAUACAUUGUCAAGCUCAUUAGUAUGCUCCACGCUGGUUGUAUAAUUUUUCGUUUAAAAUGGCCGUCGUUUUAUUGUCAAACUUAGGUGAUACAUUCGUUUGCACUUUUUGUAUUCUUUUACUUUUACUAUCGCAUUCAUUUGCGAUGAAUAAAGAUGAACGCUUAGCAGAGAAAGGAGACUUAAAUGAUUUCGCCGAAUUUGAAACAGAAGAAGACGAGGAUGAGAGCGACAAUGCUUAUGAAGGUGCAUUAGAUAAUUCUGAUAAAGAAACAGUUGAGCAGAAAACUAGGAAAUCUAAUGUGGAUGAGGAUGAUGAAGAAGUCGAAGUUGAAAAUGGUGAAGUAGAAGAAGGUGAUGAUUCCAAUGAUGAUAUCUCAGUUGAGACUGAAGAUGAAUAUGACCAUUUUGCUGAUGAAGAAGAAUUUGAGGGAUACUCCAAGGACAGAACUGGCCCUAAAGGAAAACAAUCUGAGCCAGAUUUGAAAAUUGCAAAGGUUCCUUUACAUUUGAGAGCAAAUUGGGAGGGUUUUUACUUGGAAAUUCUUAUGAUUUCUGGCCUGGCAGCGUAUGCCUUGAACUUCUUUAUUGGUCGCAGUAAGAAUUCAAAAUUAGCAUCAACUUGGAUGAAAUACAACAAAAAUAUCUUAGAAGACAAUUUUGCCAUGGUUGGUGAUGAAACUCAGCAAGAUUUGUUUACUAAGGAAAGUGAAAGUCAUUAUUCAUUGUGGUGUUCAGGAAGAGUGAAUUGUGAAGGACUUUUGGUUGAACUUAAGCUUCUUAAAAGACAUGACUUGGUCCAUGUUCUUUCCUACAUGUUUAAACCAACCGCUGACAAAAUGGUUGCAACUGUUCACAUGAAUGAUGAAGAUAUGGACAACUUUGUCUUUGCGAUGUAUCCAAAGCGUACAGCAAGUAAAAUUCAUAAGGAGUUUCAGGAUUUAAGUUUCUUUUGUCCUGAACGUCGUCCAGCAGAGAAAUUAGGCUUACCUAGUUCCUAUACCAUUUUAUCUGAAAGUGCAGAAAUUUUGACUCUGCUUUCAGUUACUGUGACAAAAUUAAUCUCAGAUAAAAGUGAUCUAAUUGAAAGUAUUCAUUUCUCUGAUCAAUAUGUUGGAAAUAAAAAAAAUGCAGAUGAUGCGGAGGAAUCUGAAGAAAUAAAACCACCCAAAGUAAAAAAAGUUUUAAUUUUUACAUUUAAUCUUCCCGGUAAAGGCAAGACAAAAUAUUCUCAUAUGGAAAUGUGCAAACCUUUAAUAAAUCUUGUUCAUUUUGUGGAUAAAGUGAAGAAAUUUAAACUUAGUAAAGAUGCUAAAACAAAAUCUGAUAAGAAAAGACGAGAAAUGGAAGAAUCGUUCUGGAAACAAGCUCAUGCAUCUCGUCAAGAGGCGGCGCAAUUACGUCGUGAAGAAAAACAACGAGCAGAAAAGGAGAGAAUAAUGAAUGAAGAUGAUAGUGAGAAGCAAAGAAGAAUGGAGGAUAAAUUACACAAGAAAGAAAUGAAAAAACGUAAUCCAGCUUUUAAGAUGAAGCAACUGAAAGCCCGCUCGUAAUGCCAUACAUACAUACAUGCAUAUUUGUAGCUUGCUUGUCAAUGGUGACUUUAUUUUAACCGUAUAGUUUAUAUAAUUAUUAUAAACAUUACCUUAGUUUAUGUGUUAAUUUAUUAUCUUAUCAUUGACUUGUCAAUAAAUGCGUAUGCUUGGUCUUAGGGGAAA